CUAACCUCAAAGUCGCGGUGACGUAUGCGAGACGCGGUGCGACAGUGACGGGUGAUUACUGUAGAUGCUGACUCGUUUGAUUUUCGCCAGGUCACGUCUCAUCGAACGCGUAAACAAUUUUUCAUUUUUCGACUGCUAACAUCGCUUCUUAUACGUUUUCUCUGAAAGAUGAGUUCUAUAGGCACAGGAUACGACUUGUCCGCCUCGCAAUUUUCGCCGGACGGACGUGUAUUUCAAGUGGAAUACGCGCAUAAAGCCGUAGAAAAUGGAGGGACAGUUAUUGGUUUACGAGGGAAGGAUGGCAUAGUAUUUGCUAUCGAAAAGAUAGUAACGUCGAAGCUCUAUGAACCGGGUGCUAAUAAACGAAUAUUUAACAUAGAUCAACACGUUGGUAUGGCAGUCUCUGGUAUAAUAUCGGAUGCGAGACAGAUCGCAGAGACUGCAAGAUCAGAGGCUGCUAGUUACAGGGCACAGUACGGAGUCGGUAUUCCAUUAAAGUAUUUAAACGAAAGAGUUUCUAUGUAUAUGCAUGCAUAUACCUUGUAUUCUGCUGUACGUCCGUAUGGUUGCUCUGUCCUGCUCAGUGCUUAUGAGACAGAUGGUCCAAUAUUGUAUAUGAUUGAUCCAUCAGGAGUAUCGUAUGGUUAUUAUGGCUGUGCAGUGGGUAAAGCAAAACAGUCAGCUAAGACGGAAAUUGAAAAAUUGAAAUUAUCAGAAAUGACUUGUAAAGAUUUAGUUAAAGAAGCUGCUCGUAUUAUCUAUCUUGUCCACGAUGAACUUAAGGAUAAACAAUUCGAAUUGGAAAUGAGUUGGGUUGGUGCACAUACUAAAGGAAUUCAUCAACGUGUGCCGGCAGAUUUAAAAACUGAAGCCGAAACAAAGGCACGACAGGCAAUGGCAGAAGAUUCGGACAGUGAUACCGAAGAUAUGUAAAAUGAUAUAUAAAUACUGCCGUGAAAAUUCUUUAUAUUGUAAGCGAUAAUAUUAAAUAUAAC